GGAAACAUUAAAGAAUGACCACUGUAGAUUUUUGUUCGUGGCCGAGCUUUUGAGCUCUACAAACAUUCAGAGAAAUGGGAAGAGGUAUGGGUUGGCCUAUUCUUCCUGCUCUUGUGGUAGUGGUGCAAGCUCUGGGCUGGGCUUGAAGGCGCUUGCCACUUCUGACUUUGGACAUCGUAAGGGAGUCUAGAGGAAAAAAGGCUCCUGGUGAGUCAUCUUGGGAGUUGGGUAGCUUUGGAGGAGUGAUCGUCCCUUGUUGUUUAACCGUCGGAUCUGUCAAGUGGCUUCCCUUUGUUCGCUACGUUGGUUGGAUAACAAGGUAGGGUGACUCUUUAAAAAAGAGUUUGUGUUGCUGAGUCAUUCACCCCAGACUGAGAGGUAAUUAGGAACAGCUGGUGCAGAUACGCGCAUCACAUGCCUCCACUAUAAAAGGCUGAGCUGCACACACCAGACGAGGGUUGCUUCAGGAGGCCGGAGGGGGUCCGGCUGCGGGCGGGCUGUGUGUUUUGAUCCAGGUCGGAUGACAGUGAGAAGCAUGCUUUCCACUGCUCUCCCUGGUCCCAAUUGCCACCCAGGAUGUCUGUGAGUGAGAGUGCGGUGUUUGCCUACGAGUCCUCUGUGCACAGCACCAACGUCUUGCUCAGCCUCAAUGACCAGCGGAAGAAGGACGUCCUGUGUGACGUGACUGUCGUGGUGGAGGGCCAGCGGUUCCGAGCCCACCGCUCGGUGCUGGCUGCGUGCAGCAGCUACUUCCACUCGAGAAUCGUAGGCCAGACUGACGCAGAGCUCACCGUCACACUGCCUGAAGAGGUAACGGUUAAAGGAUUUGAACCUUUAAUUCAGUUUGCCUACACUGCCAAACUCAUUUUAAGUAAAGACAAUGUUGACGAAGUGUGCAGGUGUGUGGAGUUUCUAAGUGUACACAAUAUCGAGGAAUCCUGCUUCCAGUUUCUCAAGUUUAAGUUUUUGGACUCCACUUCAGAGCAGCAGGAAUGCGCAAGAAAAAAGUGCUUCUCCUCACACUGUCAGAAAGCAGAUUUUAAAUUUUCAUUUUCAGAACAGAAAGAUCUCGAAAUCGAUGAAGCAGAUGAAUUCUUGGAAAAGAAAACGCCUCAGUGUGACUCUCGAAGGUGUCAGGGCAGUGUAAAAACAUCCCCCCCUCUCCAGGACAGUGUCAGUCAGGCAUGCCAGUCCCUGUGCACGGACAAGGAUGGAGCCCUGGCGUUGCCAUCUCUAUGCCCCAAAUACAGAAAGUUCCAGAAAGCGUUUGGAACUGACAAGAUCCGAACCCUAGAAUCCAGUGUCAGAGAUGUCCACACUGCCUCUGUCCAGCCAAAUGAGACCUCUGAACUUGAGUGUUUUGGGGGAGCGCAGGGCUGUGCAGAUUUACACGUGAUUUUAAAAUGUGAAGGAAUGAAGCCAGCCAUGGAGAGUGAAGACACAAAGGGCAAGGACCCCACCCCCCAGUGCCCUGCAGAGCAGGCCCAAGGGACACCUUUGCCUCAGGAUUCUGCAGGACCUCAUGGGCUCUACUCCCUGUCAGUCUUACACACAUACGAGCAGUCAGGUGACGUGGUCUUUGCUGGGAUGCAGAGUAAAACAGUGAAAACAGAAAAGCCUCUGUCAGAUGCCCAGGACGAGAAGCCAUUGGAAAAUCAGGAUUUAUAUCUGAAGUCUAGCAUGGGCCCCAAAGAAGACAGCAGCAGCCUUGCAUCUGAGGAUCGGAGUAGUGUGGAGCGAGAGGUGGCAGAACACCUGGCCAAAGGCUUCUGGAGUGACAUUUGCAGCACGGACUCGCCUUGCCAAAUGCAGUUGUCGCCCACUGUGGCCAAAGACGGCUCAGAACAGGGCUACUCGCAAAGGCGAUCUGAGUGUCCCUGGUUGGGUAUCAGGAUCAGCGAGAGCCCUGAGCCAGGCCAGCGGACUUUCACAACUCUCAGUUCCGUCAACUGCCCUUUUAUCAGUACUCUGAGUUCCGAAGGCUGCUCAAGCAACUUGGAAAUUGGAAACUACGAUUACGUGGCGGAGCCUCAGCAGGAGCCUUGCCCGUACGCUUGUGUGAUUAGCCUGGGAGAUGACUCUGAGACCGACACGGAAGGCGACAGCGAGUCCUGUUCUGCCAGGGAGCAGGACUGUGAGGUGAAGCUGCCAUUCAAUGCCCAACGGAUAAUUUCGCUCUCACGAAAUGAUUUCCAAUCCUUGUUGAAAAUGCACAAACUGACCCCAGAGCAGCUCGACUGUAUCCAUGACAUCCGCAGAAGGAGUAAGAACAGAAUCGCUGCGCAGCGCUGUCGCAAGAGGAAACUUGACUGUAUCCAGAACCUUGAGUCGGAAAUCGAGAAGCUGCAAAGUGAAAAGGAGAGCUUGCUGAAGGAGCGAGACCACAUUCUGUCGACGCUGGGGGAGACGAAGCAGAACCUGACCGGACUUUGUCAGCAGGUGUGCAAGGAAGCCGCCCUGAGCCCCGAGCAGAUCCAGGUCCUCGCCAAGUACUCGGCCUCCGACUGCCCGCUUUCCUUUUUAAUUUCUGAGAAAGGAAAAAGUACUCCCGAUGGCGAGCUUGCUUUUACGUCGGUUUUCAGUGUGUCUGACGUGCCUCCAACUGCACCACCUCCCUGUGGGCGAGGGAGCAGCGCGGCCAGCCAGGAGCUUGUGCAGGAGUCCCCGUCAACCACCGCAGCUGCCCCCGAGCAGGCCACACUGUUGGAACCCUGUCGGCAGAGUGCUGGGAUCUCAGACUUCUGUCAGCAGAUGUCUGACAAGUGCACUACUGACGAGUAAACCCCACGGGCAGCCUUCAGCCCAUGGCUUCCCUCUGACCUUCCGGCGUUGUCUCGAGAGCCUAGCGUGGCCGUGUCUUCUUGCUUAGCAGUCCUGCGUCCUCCUGGUGGCUUUCUGUUGAGGGAAUUUCUCUGUCAGGUGACCCUGAGUUCUCCUUGGUUUUCAUAGGAGAUACGACAUGUUCUAUCUCUUCAGAUGUGAAAAUAUAGAAUGACCAGGUAAUUAUCUCCUAGUGUUCAAACUAACUACAGCAGCGGAAGCCGCAGUGUCCAUUUCAACAGCUCGGAGCAUCUGCACGCAGUCCUCGUGGGCCGUGGAUUACCUACUGAUUAGGAAGAAGACCCCUUCCUAUGUGGAGCAGUGGUGAUCUCCCCAGAAGUGGGGCACUUCUUGUCUAUGUGGAAAAGAAAUCUCCUUUGAACUCUAAUGUUCUGCACCUCAGCUCCUCUCAAAGUCCAGCAUUGGCUGGACCUGGUGACCCUGAGGCUGCCCUGGCAGGACCUAGGCAGAAGCCACAGCUGGCCUGAGCUGGAGGCCUCUGCUAUCCUCAGUAUUGACUAAGAGUUUUGGCUGCACAAACCAGAAAGUUCCUCUCUUUAGUCUCCACCUUGUCUAGACUGUUAGGAACUUUCUGUCCCGUGGAGGAAGAGCUGUCCCGGAGAGCUGCACACUGCACAAGGCUGUCGAUUCAUCUCAUUGCAGGUCACCUAUGACCAUGAAGGCAUUGGAGUCAAUGAGAGGGAAAUGUCUACAAUGACCUGAAGAGCAGCUCGUUGGAAUCCUAGUGAAGACUUGUGGUCUGUCAAAAAAAUGCCGUGUUGGAGGCAAACAUGGAUCGGAGGCUCUGCUGAUGUUUGAAACGAUAAAAUUCGGGCUUGGCUCGGUCCGUUAAUGGGUUUGCACUUGAGAGCCAGAUUUAAUCCUCUUUUUUUUUUUUCCCUAUUCCCUCACUUGGUAUGAUGUAAAGGCAUACGAACCAGUUUAACUUGGGCAUUGAAAGAUCAAUCUUAUGCUUAUUUAAUGUUGGUAGAAAAUGAAUUGAUAAUAAUCUGAGCAGUUACCCCGGUAACAUUUGCAGUGAUUUUUUUUUUUUUAGCCAUUCUGGAAUCUCACCUUGUAGACCUCAGCAGUGGAAACAAAACCUUGUUUAUACAGGUUCAAUAUCCCUGUUCAAGGAAUGUGAGAUGCCUUAAAAUUGGAGACAUUCUGAGCCCUGAGAUGUGCGAUAUCCAGGCCUGACCUCACGAGGCAGGUUACAGUCAGAACACGACAUUCAAAGUCUUCUGAAUGCUACUUUAUAUGCCCAGGGUAUAGGAGUUUAUUAAGGCUUUGGGGAGGUAGGGGUCUGACCCUCUGUUGAGAGCAGGGGAGAGCCGGAAGUCUGAAGGCACUCUGCGUCAGACAUUUCCAACAAGGGAGUCCGCAGUCAGUCACUUCCGGAAGCACUUACAGAGUCCUGUGUCAGGGUGCAGGGGACAGUCAGUAGGACUGCAUCUCUCCAGGUCUCAUCCCUGAAAGAGACGCUUCAUUGCAUGCUGCAUCUUCUGAAGGGCAGAGGGACAGAGGGAUGGAGGAGGGGAGGGAGGAGGGAGGAAGGGGGAGAGUGCACACUACCCUGUGUAGUAUCCGGUCACUGGCAAGCUGAUGUUUGCCAUGAGGAGAUACGGGGACCAGCAGCAAUACUUCAUGAUUUUAUAGUUAGCAGAUAAUUGCCCUUUUUCCUUGGGGUGCAGCAAGGGAGGGAGGAGGGUAGUAUGUGUUUCAUCUUUGGAAGAGAAAAUUAAAUUGGAAUUAUUUUCUAGAAAUUUUGAGAAGUCCACUCAAUUUGCCUGGGAGAGAGUGCUCACUGUGUGAAAAUACAUCCCAUGUUACAAAAGAGUUGUAUGCGUGUGUGUAUAUAUAUAUAUUAUAUAUAUAUAUAUAUAUAAUAUAUACACACAUAUGAAAUUAUAUGUAGAUGUAUAUAUACAUACAUAUGUGUAUGUAUCUGUCCCCAUGCAGCUAUUUGGUAUUUGUAAGUUUAGACUUCAACUUAACAUAAUAUGAAAACUUCUCUGGUUUACAAAGUGUAAAAUCUUAUACAAGCCAAUGGAUUUCCUACCUCACUGUGCACUCGGCUGUCUGUCGUCAGCUCUUGCGUGUGCGUACGUCAGACCUUUGCUUUAAAUGUAAGCAUUUGCUUUGGAGGUUUUACUUACCAUUUGAUGAUAAUGCCCAGUUCUCUCCUCAGCUUAAAGGCAUUUUUUUAAAGACGCUUGGUUUAAAUUUCUCUCUAUGAACAGUUUAGCAUUAAGGGUUAAUUUUAAUGGAGUCUGGUAAUUGGCCAAGUGUAAUAUUUCUUAAAAUUUAGCAUUACUUUUAACAGCCAGCAUGUAAUACAAGUAACUACACUACCUCAUACAUACCUUUGUGAUUUUCAAGUUGUAUUAGGUGGACAGGACAGGUUUUACCUUUGUCUUUGGGCCAUAAGGUGGGUAAUAAUAGAAAUAUAUUGCAUAGCAUUAUACAUUUAUGCCUAUUUUAACGUGAACUUCUAAAACAUUUUCUUUUCUAAGAAGAUUUGUUUUAAGGAAAUAUUGGGGGGGGGGAUGCCGAAGACAAAUGAUAGGAGGAUCAUAUGUGUACAACGUAUGCCUUUUCCUUCAUGCAGAGCUUGGACAGUGGUUUUAGUUGGUGUUUUGCAUAGUCACACAAUCAGAGCUCCUUAUUGUAUAAGCCAGCCUUCUCAAGGCCCGGUGAUUUUUUUUUUUUUUUUUUUUAAAGCUGUCAUGUCUGACUCAAUACAAUAAUGUCAUCUUAAAUUUUUGCCCCUUAUUUGAAUCCUAUAGCUACAAUCAAAUUAAUUUGUUAAAUUUGUUACAUUCAGAAUAAAUAUGGAUAUAACAUUGGUUGUCCACCUGCAAGCUUUCUAACAGUUUACUGUAGCUUGAUGCUUAGCCAGUUUUAUAUUAGGAAUUCAACACAUGAUACAGGGAUGAGGGUACUCAGCCGUGUUAACAACUUGGAAAAAAAGAAAGAAGCAAAUGGCGAUGUUACAGUGAAUUCUCAGGUGAACUUUUCAGUUAUGAAAACAUCUAUUUUGAAUUUGUAAAUAUUUUAACUGUUNUAUUAAGGCAUGGACUAAACUAUUCUUUGACACCUGUUGGGNAGAGUGAAAAUUCAAAGCCAUAAUGGUAAAAGAUGGCAUACUGAUUGUAAAAUAAACAAAUGAUAAUAAUAAUAAUGAUUUUUUUGUAUCUUUCAUAAUAUAAUUUUUCUAACUGCAAUAAAACCACUGAACUUAUAUAUUCCUGUCCUAUUAAGCCCAUGUUUCAUUAGUAGUACACCUUAUAAUAUUUAAUUUACAUUUUCUUUCUAAUGUGCUUGUCUGGAUGGGGAUUCUAGACCGACCAGUUAAAUAAAGUUCCUAGCACGGCU